AUGCUCCGAGCAACGUUGGCUUUGGGGAUUCUAUCGAUUCUUCUAAUAUUUUGGGUAAUAAGAAGAAACUUCAGUUUCUGGCGUGGAAAAGGGAUUCCAUAUCUGUCUUUUACCGACUACGUGAAGCUGGUAUACGAUACUUUUACCAAGCCGAUGCAUGAAGUCGUAAAGAAAAACUAUCGUCGACAUGGCCGCCUAUACGGCUCAUACCAAGGUUUUGUGCCCGCUCUGGUAGUUGGAGAUCCACUGCUCCUCCGAGACAUCUAUGUAAAAGAUUUUAAGUCUUUUACUGACAGAAUAGAGCCCAACCUAAUGGGAAACCCCUUGUGGGACAAGGCAUUGUUGAAUACCUCGGAUGAAGAGUGGAAGGCUGCAAAAACGAUGAUUUCGCCAGCCUUUACAACGAACCGAUUGAAAGCAAUGGUUCCGAUUGUUGUCGCUGCGUCCGACAAACUCUCCACGAGACUUCUGCUCGAAGGGAAGGGUGCUGUGGCAGUUGCCGAAAUGUUCGACACGUGCGCGAUGGACGCAACGGCAGCGCUGGUCUACUCGAUAGACUUGAACGCUCACGAGUGUCCCGACCACCCACUGGUGAAAUGCUGCAAAGACUUUUUUGGGAAUCUGGAUGGAUGGAAAUUGAUCUUGUUGUCAAGCAUGCCGAGUAUCUUCAAACUACUUCCUUUCCAAUUCUCGAGCAAGAAGAGUGGUGAAUGCGUCAAAGAUUUCACAAGGCACAUGGCUCAGGAGCGCUUGGCUUCAAAGGAGAGAUUUGACGAUGUCCUUCAACUCUGCCUCGAUGCUAUGAUUCGUGUACAGAGCCCUGGUGACUUCCAAAUAUCCGACUCGGUCAUUGAAGAAAUGGCAGCGCAGUGUAUGCUGUUUUUCGUUGGCGGAAGUGACGCAAUCACGCUAACGUUGACUUGGACGGCCUACUCCCUCGCCUUGCACCCGGAGUGUCAAAACAUUGUGCUAAAAGAGAUUGACAGCGCUGUAAAACAGAAUGGCGUCACCUACGAAUCACUCAAGGACAUGCCAUAUCUGGAAGCUGUGAUCAACGAGGCACUGCGAAUGUAUGCACCAGAACCAUUCCUAGUACGGAGAUGCACCCAGGAGACUUCAGUGGCUGGAAUUCAAGUUCGUCCAGGAAUGAGCAUCGAAAUUCCGAUGGAAGGAAUUCAUCGCGACCCAGACUUUUUUCCCGAACCUGACUGUUUCAAACCAGAAAGAUUCUUGCCUGAAAACAAGGAGGCUCUUGUCCCGUACACGUUCCUUGCUUUCGGUGCCGGGCCACGAAACUGCGUUGGCCAGAGGAUGGGAAUCGUACAAACAAAGGCUACACUGGCUUGCCUCCUCCAAAGGAUCAAGUUUGAAAGAUUCAGUGAAACCCCGGUGCCCUUGAAGCUGCAAGCAGGGAGUUGGGUCCCGCAUCCCCUUGAGCCAGUGAAACUUAAAUGUGUUCCUCGCACAUGAUCACGGCGGAAUACCAACAAUAAGUACCAAAGAGCUCAAGCGAUA